AUGCGUGACUCAGGAGACAACCCGACCCCGCCGAUCGGCACCUCGGAUCAACGGAUCACGCCACGGAUUACGAUAGAUCAAGUUUUCACGCCGAUAAACGGUUCUCCCGAGGGUGAACACACUGUAUCGUAUCGAUACGCUUCAGCGGAAUCGUUAAAGGACUCGAACGAUUCGUUCGAGAUCCAACGGAUGUCGCUAGCACCAAAGGGCGCGGAUCUGCUGCGGAAGACAUUGGAACGGAAUGCAGCAGAAGCGCAAGCGGAAAAGCCAUCGGCACCGCAGUUUAUGAACAUGGUGGAAUCAGAUCAAGUGAAUUCUUAUUUUCGAGCUGCCAUGAAGAAAUACGAGCUAGGACAAGCUCACAGGAACGCUGGGAAAUCAGUUGAUCAUCAUCCCAAACCGGAGAUCCAAAUGUCGGACAUUGACAUGGAGUCGGUUGGAUGGCGUCCUUACGGAUUGCGUGACUAUGUUCAUGAGCAUCUGGAGCAAGGAUGCAAGAGAAUACCGCAGGUGGCGACGGCAGGAGCGGCAGAGAGUGGUGAAUUCGGUACCCUAAGGAUUCGAAUGUCUGUCAUGGCCGAAUUGAAAGAAUUGUUCGGCCGAGAGAAAACUGAGAACGGGCCAGAAAUUGGAUCAGUAAGGUGA